ACUGUUAGAAUGUCAUUACCGCUUCAUGAACCCGAUGAUGGUGACGUACUCUCAGCUGGUUCUCAGAGUCAACAAAAGAUGUUACUUCCUGAUUUUUCUAAAAUUUCAGCCUGCAUGAAUGAGGAACUCCUGAAACCAGCUCUAAAUCCAUGUACCGAAGUUAUGGAGGCAUCAGAAAAUCAUCACCCUCAGGGUUUGGAACUAGCCACACAUCGCAAAAAUAGUUCACAGGAAAAGCAUCUACAACGAAGCAUAAAUCAAAGCGAAAUGAGUUGGCUGAAACGAGACAUCGUAAGUGAAAAAGCUGAAUUUCAGGCAAAAAUUCAGGAACUUGAAAGAGCAUCAAAUGCUGUGGCAUUAUUUUUGACACUAUUUAAAGGUGCUAUUGCUGGAAUCAGUUUUACAAACGCUAAUCAUCUGUUCACAGCCACUGUGCUAAAGAUUUCCAACCAGAAGGAUAUCUUCUCCAAGGAAAUAGAGACUUUUAAACGUGCAAAGGAAGUGUUAGAACGCCUACUUAGAAAGACAGAGUACAAAGAAGAGAAUAGCAGCACUGCGGCUGACAUUUUGUUGGUGAAGCUAACCGAGUUGGAAAUUGAAAAUACUAACCUCAAGAGAAAAAUGCUGGAAAAGGAGAAAUGCGUCCAAGAGCUUUCUUGUCUGCUUCAAAAAGAAAAAGCAAAUAAUUUGAAAGCGACCAAUCAUUCACAAUCGGUAAAAGUGGUACAAACCAGGCUGCAACUACAGAUUCAGAAGAAGGAAGUUGAGAAUGAUCAGUUGAAAGAAUAUAUGAAGAACCUAGAAACUAAAAUAGCAGAGUGGAAUAUGCAACUGAGAAAACAUAAGCAUCAAACUCUGACUUGGAAAGAAACGAAUGAGCCAAAGAAGAUUGGUCUGAAAAAGGCAACGAAAGUGCAGAAACAAAGAGCUGAAUGCCUUGCAGCAGAUAUCGGAAGUCUAACUUCCCAAAUUAGGGAUAGGGAAGCCAAGUUGUCUGAGACCUUUUCAGCUUCUAGUAUCUGGAAAAGUCAUUACGAGAAGGUUGUAGAAGAAAAGACUGUACUAGAAGUUCAGAUUGAAACCUUGCAAAAACAAAUCAUGAGUCUUUUGGAGGAUUUGAAAAAAAUACAAGACAGUGGAAGAAAUUCAACUGAAGAACUUCUUGAAAAGCUUCAUUCCAGUGACACAAAAAAUGAAAGCAUUAAUCAUGAGAAUGAAAAAAUAAAGAGCACAUUUGCUGCUUUGAAGGACAAGGUUGCUUCUGUUGAAGAGGAGCUCUUAGAAUUGCAAGAAGUUGAGAAACAGCAGAAAUCUCUUGCAGAAGAGUAUAAAACUCAGGUACAAAAGUUACAAGCAGCAGCUGAAGAAGUGAAAAGCAGAUAUGAAAAAGUAUUGCAUGAAAAUAAACUAAUGAGAGCAAAUAAGGAUUUAGAAUUAGAAGAGGUGAGAAGCCAGAAGGAAGCGCAUUUUAAGGAAUUAGAGCAAGCUCGCGGUUUACCGAAGGCAGCGGAACUGAGGCUGCAGGAGUGUCAGAAAAGCCUCCUGUACUUCAAAGGGAGAUGUGCAGACCAGACCCAAAUGGUUAGGGAACUUCAGGUUCAGGUUGAUGAAAAUGACAGUCUUUUGAAAGCACUGUCUUUGGAAGAGGAAAACUGUCACAUCCGGUUAAAAUGUGAAAACCUCAAAAGGAAACUGGAACAGAUGGAUGCAGAUAAUGCCGAGCUAGAAAAUAAACUGGCGAGCCAAGAAGAACAUCUUAAAUUCAGUGAAUUGCAACUUAAGAAGAAAUCUGCAGAAUACGGAGCCUUGGCCAGGAAAUUGGAAGCUACGUUAGAGGAAGGAAGGCAAAAGGUUUCUGAAGAGAUGGAGAGAAUAUCUUCCAAGGAACAGGCACUACAGAUAAAAAUAUUCGAUCUGGAAACUGAGCUAAGAAGAAAAACCGAAGAGCAGAAGCAGCUCGUUUGCCAAUUGAACAAUAAAGAGCAAUAUCAGGAAGUGUGUUUGAAAGAAAUGCAACACAGCCUGGAAAAAUCAGAGAACCAGAAUAAGAGUAUCCAGAAUUACGUACAGUUUCUCAAAACAUCAUAUAUAACAAUGUUUGGAUGAAGCAAUUCAGGUGGUUUCUCAAAGAUUUAAGUUUUUCAUAUGAUAGUGCAGUGUCAAGCACUACAAAGUGGACAUUGAAAACCCACUACAACAGAAAAUAACCUAUAGUUUUGCAUUAGUUAUCAGUAUGUACACUGUCGAAGACUAGGAUAUAUUUCUUGUGCAAUAUUGGAAGAUAAUUUGAUCAUUCUUUUUGGAAAAAGAGGAAUAUGUGUUUCGUUUUGCUUUCCUGUUUGAAAAUAUCUGCUAGGAAGCUUUAGUAAUAAAAGACAUCUUAAGCAGUUAAAAUAA